CGCGGGGUCCGCUGCGACCGCACUGGGACGCUGCGCUGCGUGUUCGGUCUUGGGUCUCCCCUUGGGGAAACUGGACGGUCGCUCGGGCAAACCUGUCCCCGGCCAGGGUAGCGCACCGGAGGGGACCAUGGAGUUCACGGCCUCGCCCAAGCCCCAGCUCUCCUCCCGGGCCAACGCCUUCUCCAUCGCCGCGCUCAUGUCCAGCGGCGGCUCCAAAGAGAAGGAGGCCACGGAAAACACCAUCAAACCACUGGAACAAUUUGUUGAGAAGUCAUCCUGCACUCAGCCCCUGGGGGAUCUGACCAGCCUGGAUGCUCACGGGGAGUUUGGUGGCAAUGGUGGCAGCAGCCCACCAUCUUCGACUCUGUGUACGGAGCCACUUAUCCCCACUACCCCCAUCAUCCCCAGUGAGGAAAUGGCCAAAAUUGCCUGCAGUUUGGAGACCAAGGAACUCUGGGACAAAUUUCAUGAACUGGGCACAGAGAUGAUCAUUACCAAGUCCGGCAGGAGGAUGUUUCCUACCAUCCGGGUAUCCUUUUCGGGCGUGGAUCCGGAGGCCAAGUACAUUGUCCUGAUGGACAUCGUUCCCGUGGACAACAAGAGAUACCGCUAUGCCUACCACCGGUCUUCCUGGCUCGUGGCGGGCAAAGCAGACCCUCCCCUGCCAGCCAGACUGUAUGUACACCCAGAUUCUCCUUUCACUGGUGAGCAGCUACUCAAACAGAUGGUGUCUUUUGAGAAGGUGAAACUUACCAACAAUGAGCUGGAUCAGCACGGCCAUAUAAUUUUGAACUCAAUGCAUAAGUAUCAGCCACGGGUACACAUCAUUAAGAAGAAAGACCACACAGCCUCAUUGCUUAAUCUGAAGUCUGAAGAAUUCAGGACAUUCAUUUUUCCAGAGACAGUCUUUACUGCGGUGACUGCCUACCAGAAUCAGCUGAUAACCAAGCUGAAAAUAGAUAGUAACCCUUUUGCCAAAGGAUUCCGGGACUCUUCCAGGCUCACUGACAUUGAGAGGGAAAGUGUGGAGAGCCUCAUUCAAAAGCACUCCUAUGCCCGUUCACCUAUCCGUACUUACGGUGGAGAAGAGGAUAUACUGGGAGAUGAGGGUCAGACUACACAAAACCGAGGGUCAGCGUUUACAACGUCAGAUAAUUUGUCUCUUAGCUCCUGGGUAUCAUCUUCAUCCAGUUUCCCUGGAUUUCAGCACCCACAGUCUCUGACUGCUCUUGGUACCAGCACUGCAUCCAUAGCAACACCCAUUCCUCACCCCAUACAGGGUUCUCUGCCACCAUAUAGCCGGCUUGGGAUGCCUCUGACCCCAACUGCCAUUGCCAGCUCCAUGCAGGGAAGUGGCCCCACCUUUCCCUCAUUCCACAUGCCCCGGUACCAUCAUUACUUUCAGCAGGGCCCCUAUGCUGCUAUCCAAGGACUACGUCAUUCCUCUGCUGUGAUGACACCGUUUGUAUGACUCCUCUAGCAAUAGCAGAACCCAGAUCUAGAAUGUGCAGAUGAGUAUGAAACUGUAGGACAGGGUUGGAUAUGUGGGGUGUGGGGUGUUGGAGCAGGGGCUCUCCAGAAGACAUAGUACCUACUAAAGAGGAGAGCUGGGCUCACAACAGAACCUACUGCUGAGGUGGGCACCAUGGACGAGGAUGCAUCCAUAGUUGUGGGGUAGCUCUUGGGACUGAGAGAAUCAUCGUACAUUUCUUAGCCAGUGUAACUAAUAAGAUAAUUGAUUUACCCAGAAAGUUUAAUAAUACAAAGCGGAUAAAUCUUCAGGUGCAUUAUUCUCCAGUGGCUAAAAAACAAAAAUUCUAUCACUGCAGUAAUGUAUAAAAGCAGUAUGUAAAAAUCA